UUACAAUAAAUGAAACUUAACUUGUACAUCAAAAAAACACGAAUACAAUAUAACAAAAUGGACUCGCAUUGUGUGUCUAGGUGUUAGCCAAUCUUUUAAAAUGUUGUUAUGUGACACGGUUGACACCUUAUUAGUGAGCUGUGUCAUACUAUUAUGGACCGAGUCUAGCCAACUCCAAGGCACGCAAACACGAUACGAUGUACCAAUGAAAAAUGGACCAAUAUCACUGGGAAAGUAGGAAGAAUAAAAAAAUACAGUACCAAAAACCCAAAAAAAACACCCAAAAUCCCUGUUCACCGUUCAGUCGUUCAUUCACACAGUCACAGGCUCACACCACUCCGUUACUCUCAUCUUCCUCUGUAAUCUCACUGUUCUUCCACCAAAGCGACGCUGUUUUCUUCGGCCUUUGAGGGGUUUUAGCAUAAUAUUUAGGUAGUUUUGAUAAUUGCAAUGGCCUCUUCAUCCUCAUUGAGCAUGUGUGCAUCGAACGGGGCCGUAGGCGUUUGUAAUGUGAGUAAAUCUCAAAAGGUUAUUAUGAGCGGCUGCCCGGAUUUAUUCAGGAAAAGGGUGGUUAAUUGCGUGCCAAAUUGCUCAUCUGCUGACUUCACCUCGUUAAGGGGCUCGUUUGGGGCGAAACCUUUAAAAUGGGAGUCGAAUGGGGAAGUUCCGAUGAGGCUUGGAGUUCCUUGCCAUGUAGUUGGUGUUAGGAAUACAAAUUUAUUUUCAGUAGGUCAGAAAUUUCAACUUGAUGAUGUGCUUGAAGCUCAGCAGUUUGAUAGAGAGACUCUUAGUGCGAUUUUUGAGGUGGCGCAGGAGAUGGAGAAGGUAGAAAAAAACUCACCUGGGAGCCAGAUUUUGAAGGGAUACUUAAUGGCUACUUUGUUUUACGAGCCUUCUACUAGAACCAGGCUUUCGUUUGAAUCUGCUAUGAAACGGUUAGGUGGUGAAGUUUUGACAACUGAGAAUGCUAGAGAGUUUUCAUCAGCUGCCAAAGGAGAGACACUAGAGGAUACUAUUAGAACAGUUGAAGGAUAUGCGGAUAUCGUUGUGAUGAGGCACUUUGAAAGUGGUGCUGCUAGAAGGGCAGCUACAACCGCGGGAAUUCCCAUCAUAAAUGCAGGAGAUGGUCCAGGGCAGCAUCCAACUCAGGCUCUUUUAGAUGUAUACACCAUUCAAAGAGAGGUAGGAAAGCUAGAUGGCAUUAGUGUUGCAUUGGUUGGUGAUCUUGCUUAUGGAAGGACUGUUCGUUCUCUGGCAUAUUUGCUUGCCAAGUAUAAUGAUGUUAAGAUAUACUUUGUGGCACCAGAUGUGGUGAGAAUGAAGGAUGACAUUAAGGAGUAUCUGACCUCAAAGAACAUUCAAUGGGAAGAAAGUGCUGACUUAAUGGAAGUAGCUUCUAAAUGUGAUGUAGUGUAUCAGACUCGUAUUCAGCGAGAGCGUUUUGGGGAAAGGACUGAUCUUUACGAAGAAGCAAGAGGAAAAUACAUAGUAAAUAAAAAUGUGUUGAAUGUGAUGCAGAAGCACGCUGUAGUAAUGCACCCUCUUCCACGUCUUGACGAGAUAACAGUAGAUGUGGAUGAAGAUCCGAGGGCAGCCUACUUCAGACAAGCAAAGAAUGGUCUUUAUAUCCGUAUGGCUUUGUUGAAGCUUUUACUUCUUGGAUGGUAGUCAAUAGAUUAGAGAUUUAGUGAUUUGCUAGACUGAAAGUGUUGGUCAAGUAGGAGCAAAAUGAGUAGAUGAUAACUCUACAAUUUUGUGUUUUUGGAGGAUGUGUUUGAAGUUAUUGGAACUUCUGACAUCUUAAUGAAAAAUUUUGGUAAUUUUUUUUCGUGCA